AUGUUGCUUUCACCAGCAAUGCUGCCACAUUUGAAUGCAGCGUUUAGAAAUGGUAGUACAGGAACAAUUGAUACCGAAUCUGAUCAAGCACUUACUACUUCUGGUAAUAUUCAAAAACGGAUUCAGUAUGGUUUAGUGAGUGAUUUAUCAGGCAGUGGCUUAUCAGCGAUAGCUAAUUCGGGUGAUAUCACAAAUGCAGUAAAUGCUGGUAAUAGUAGUACGGUGGAUCAGACUGAUCUUAUCGAAGCUAUUACAUUCGCAUCACUUUAUGGUUUCCAGGCGGUACCAAUUCGUAUCAAAAUUUUAUUACACCGUGCAUUAUCUACAUUGACAAGAAAACGAGCUGAGGCAAUCAUUCGACGUACUGGUUGGAAGAUAGAUGAUUUCGAGAGAGGAUUUAUCCAAGAAGUAAGUAUUUGGAUUCAAUUCGUAACUGAUUGUCAAAAUAACAUAUGA